UGGAAGUGAUAUUUUAACAAAGAAGAUGGCCGAAGUCAUCGAGCUGCAGAAGCUGAAGCUUGCUGAGCUGAGGCAGGAAUGUGAGGCCCGAGCCUUGGAGACCAAGGGAAACAAGGGGGAGCUGAUUGCACGACUCCAAGCGUACCUGGAGGAGCAUGAAGAGGAUGUGGACGUAGACGACGUGCUGGCUGAGGAAUCCGGGGACUUCUCAAAAGUUGAGAGCACCAACAAUGUAAAUGUCAACAAAAGUGCCGACCCAGCGGACAGUGAGGGACCUGCUGAGAAGAAAGUGGUGAAAAUAACUCCUCCAUCAUCUUCUAGUGAAAGACUACAGAAGAGAGCUGAGCGCUUCAACAUGCCGGCGUCCUCUGAAAGUAAGAAGGCCAUCCGUGCAGCCAGGUUUGGGUUACCCACAGAUGCCUCCAGUCCCUCUCCUGGUCAAGUGGCAAACAGUAAACCUGGAGUGAAUGUGGAUCUGCUGAAGAAGAGAGCUGAAAGGUUUGGUGUGAACGUCUCCUCUGUUUCCCAGAAGAUGGAAGAGGAUGAAAAGCUGAAAAAGAGGAAGGAGAGGUUCGGGAUUUUAACAUCUGCUGGAACAGCUGCUGCUGCCGAUGUUGAGGCAAAGAAAAUGAAGCGAGCUGAAAGAUUUGGAAAGGUGUAAAUAACAUUACAGAAGAGUCUUUGUUCUCCCUCCUUCCUACUUUUAUUUUGUAAGCAGUUUUCCUGACUAUUUGCCAGGGAUUCUUGAAGAUAAACGCCACAGACAGGGUUCCAAUGAAUCAAAAGUACAUUUAAAUACAGCCGAAAGUCCUGGUCUUUCUUUCUGCAUCUGUAUCGAGACAGCUGAUCUGGUAAUAAUGGUCCUGCAGCAUCUUCGCCGCUCCAGAUGGGAACUCUCUUCACAUGGCUGAGUGAUGGCGACAGCCUUCAGACAUGAGCAGGGUUCACCGCCACUGGCACAUUAAUGAUGGGCCUUUUUCAUGUAGUUACAUACAGAUCAAACUUCUUUGUUUUUAUGCUCAUAGUUCUUUAAACAUAGUAGUUUGAGCUAAUAAGAGAAAGGAACGGUAAUUUACAUUGGCUGUGUCACACUUUUGAAUAUUCAAGUAUAAAUGCCUCGCCAAUUUAAUUUCUUUAUUUAAUUGUGCUUCUGAUUGAUCAUUUUUUGUCCAGCUUUUCAUUUCUCAGUAGGGACUCUUUUGAUACAUGGUUUCAGUUGUUCUGUCCAUUUUAUAACAUUUUGUGAUUUAAAAUAAAUGUUUUCAAUUUUUGAUAUUUGCCA